AUGAAGGACAACCAGAGAGAUGACGUGCGAAGAAAAAUCAAGGAAAAGGUUUUCAGUUACUUCAAGAAGGCCGAUAAGCAAGAAGACGAGGACUGCGAGGACAGUUCAUCACACGUGUGGCUCCCUGGGGCUAGAUACAGGCCGGAGCCCCCGGAGACCUUGGCGAGAGCAUCACACUUCACGCCGCAUGAGAUAAAGCUCAUGUACAGGGGCUUUAAACAGGAGUGUCCCACCGGAGUCCUGGACGAAGAGGCAUUCAAGAACAUCUUCUCACAGUUCUUCCCUCUCGGCGACGCGACCCAGUACGCUCACUUCGUCUUCAACGCCGUGAAACACAAACAGACGGGGAAACUUAAUUUUGAGGAAUUCCUGGACACUCUAUCCCGAGUGGCUCGAGGCUCCCGUCAGGAGAAAUUGUCCUGGAUGUUCGCGUUGUACGACGUCGAUGGUGAUGGAAGGAUCUCCAGAAGUGAGAUGCUGUCUGUAGUACGAGCUGUAUAUGAACUGCUGGGACGAGCUGCUGCGCCUCCAGUGGAUAAAGCUGCCGCUGAAGAUCACGUAGAUAGAAUAUUUCAUCUGAUGGAUACUAACGCGGAUGGAGUUGUGACUCCUGACGAGCUAGCUCGCUGGUGUGCUCGGGACCCCGCCCUGCUCCGCUCUCUGGACACCCUGGACACAGUCUUGUGAUCUUCAGACAUACGCACAGACACUAACACCACCCCCAGUGACACGUGCAACAAUCAGGACCUCCAUAAAACUAAAUCGAUCACAUCGUCCAAAUCCACCGAUCGAUCGCUAUCCAAUAAGUGUGACGUUGAAGUGAGUAUUAAGUCCAGUGGCUUGAGUAAGGUUGUGGCCAACAUCAAGCCGUCUCCUAAACACGUGGCUGUUCCUGUGAAGUCACCGGUUCCGACCAGGUCUGGCGGCACCCCGCCGCCCCCUCCUCCCAGGAAUAUCAGGAGGCUGGACUCUCUUACGGCUUCUUCACAAUCCUCUACGACUCCUCCAGUCCCCACACGGACCUCGCACACUGUUAGUAUAACAGAAGACAGAGUGGAACAGAAGAGAAAAUCCAAGAGACGCGUCAGCAGGACAGCUCGAUGAAGUCUUAGCUUACCAAACUUUCACCUAGGGAACAAAAUAUAACACUGUGCUUUAAACGCAAUAACCUUCAUCUUAAAGACUUACGAAGUUUUAACUUUAUCUUUGUAAAACUCACUGAAUUUGCUGAACUUUAAAUAAGCGUAAUGUUAUUCAGACUUUUAUCUUUCCUUCUAUCUUUAACUCUCAGCCUUCACGAACUGAUUGCUCACUAUUGCAUGCGUUUGAAUCAACUUGACAACAAUUUUGCAUUUCAACUAUUUUCCUCUGAUAUUUAACUAGCUGAAUCUUCGAAUUUUGUUGUAAGAAUGUAGGACUAUAGAACUAAAGUUUGAUUAAAACGCUCAAAUCAAUUCCCAGGCUUUUUUCCUCUUCGUCAAAUAAGUAUGUCGUCUAAAUAAGUGAAAAAUCAUUUCUAAUAUACUAUUUAGCUAUUUUAUUCGUAGUGAUUCGAACUACAGGUCCAAAAUGAUGCUAUUAUUAUUAAAUUUAAUUAUUUUAUCUAGUAUUUACUAAGUAUUAUUAGAAUUUCGUCAAUCAUAGCUACUUGGUGAAAGCUUUCUUUUAGGUCUACACAAUAUUUCUACAUUGUUAUCUAGUGUACUAAUAAUAUAUAUUGGAAUGGAACAAAUUAAAAAGCUUUUUUUGAAGUCAUUAGCUUUUAAUAUUUACAACUGACUAUAAAAUAUCUAAUGAAGUUAUUAAUAAGUAAGUCUAAACUUCGAAGUGAUUUUAAAAUCUUGUGCUGAUGUUUUAAAUCAGUAUUUUUCUUGUCACCGUCUUUUAAAAUACUUAGCGAUCUUCAAGUUUUCUCCGCGUCUUAUUCGCUUCCUCUUUUUAGAAUAAAAUAGUCUCUUCUUCUAUAAAACUCCACAAUUACAAAACAUAUCUCUAAUUUCUAAACUUGUGCCAAUUCCUGUGUCAACACUGCUCACUUCUUUCUUAUAAAAUUAAAUGAACUAGUAGGAAUAUUUGUUGUUUAAAAGACAUAUUCUUCAAGUUUUAUCUUUACCUUUUAUCCUUUACCUUUACCCUAAGUGAAUAUAUUUUAUCUUUAUCUUUACCUUACUUUAUUUAAUAAUAAAAACAUUGAAUUCUAAGCCUAGAUGAGUAAGAAAUAGCCCUAGCAACACAACAUAUCCGUCAGAUCCUCACACACCGUGGAUUGAUGAGGAAUAAUGUUUAACGUGUCUGUUGAAGUAUUCUUUAUUUAUAUCUGAACCACGUGGCUGUAUGUAUGUUUGUGUCAACUCGAGUAUCUGAAUGCGAACUGUCCACACACGCCUCGUCUGUCACUCGGUAAUCACUUGAUGGUUUUAAUUUGUGUCUCUUCUUUGAAGUUGUUCCUUAACAAAUAAACAGUGUUUAUUCAUUUUAUACCAACGAAGUAUUUCCGCGAUGUAUUUAAGAUGUGAAUUUCUGUUUUCCUAUUGAAUAAAAACCUUCUAUUUCGUCAAGA